CAUGACAUAGCCCUUCGCGUGUCCGUAUCACUCGCGCGACAAAAUUACUGAACAAACACCUUCUUCUCACUUUUCCUUCUGCACCCCACCCAAUCGUUCAGCCCGAUAAGAGUCGCAAUGGAGGCCCUCAGUCCGGACGCCAUGGACGAUGGAUUACAAGAUUUGGGUGUUCCUGUUCCGGUGCAAACAUUCCUCUGGCGACAAAUUGCACCAUUUAUUCGGCCGAAACUUGGCAAGCUCCACGAAGCCAGUUGUAUGUUUUGCCAACAUGCACCCGGACAUCAUGAGUUGAAAGAAGCGUGCAAGUCCUUCGAAAAAGUACUCGUGCAGAACAUUCAGUUCGGGCUGUCACCAUCACUAACUUCUGCCCUGCAUGCAAUCCCCAGAUGGAGACUCGUUCAGGCUGCCCUGCCCCAUGUAAUGCACUGUGCAGCCGCGCUUCUGCACAAUAGGGUGAAAGACUUGCAGAGCAUUGGAACGCCUGAAACGAAAUUGCUCUACACCCUCCAUUGGAUACUUCUCUUUGCCGGCGAGGAGUGUGCGGAUUCCGAGACGGAGCAGGAGAGACAAUCCCAGAAGAGUCAUCAGUAUUUAUUUUCCGUUCCCACCAUUACGCUCUUUGUCUACCUCUUCGCGCCAAUUGCUCAUCACCUAAAGGAGUCGGACUUCCAGAAUUUCCGCCUCGAGAAUGGCAUUCGACUGUGGCAGGGAAUGUGGGAGUAUCGAGCCCCGUGUGCGCCCUGCUUCAUCGCCCCUGUGAAGCCCCGAGCGAGGCAACUACUCUCGCCGACGAGUCCCAAGUCAACAAUGUCGCCCGAUGAAUUUCCCAUCAGAAAACAGUCUGGUGCCGAAAUGACUCCCCAAAGUCUCGAUUCGCCACAGAGUCUCUCAUACUCGACGGAAACACCCAAGCAUGAUGAUGAUUGGAUCUCCUCGCCGAAAGAUUGUGUCUUCCCAGAGACCAUCCCCGAAGAAGCAUCCAGUGUCGAAGAGGAGCGUGUGGUUAUUUUCAGGCUUCCAUCAUCGGGGCAGAAUUUAUUGGACUCAUUCUACACUGCUGACGCCAGUCUUCUUCAGCAGAGUCACAGAGGGAGCAAACAAUCCUUACUCUCGCAAGACAAGCAUGAACGCUUUCCAAACCGCUUUGACUUUGAUAAGAUUGAGGUUUAUGACAGAGGUCAUGAUAAAAGGGACUUCCCAGGCGGCAGCAAGAUUUAUUCUCCAGCCGAGAAGGACUCUAUCGACGAUGGCUCGAGAUCUCCUCAAUUGAUUAAAUACGACAUAACUGCGGCCACAUUCCUAGAUGUGGCUGUCAUUAGAUGCCUCUUCAUCUCUCAUUGGCAAGAGGAAGGAGUCUACUGGAGUCUACAUUACUUCAAUAAUCGACUUCGGGACAUUAGCGAGGAAGCUGCAAUUCCGGCUCCCCAGCCAAGGAAGCGCUCAAACUCCUUGCCUAUUCCACAAAUUGAAAUCUCGGUCUAUCAGGGUCCGAAUAGUCGCGACAGCCCUAGCGGAAGUUCCGCGGGUAAAGACUACAUUGAGGUGCCUGAUGUUUCAGUCUCGGCGCAUGUUACAGAUGAUUCUUCAAGUGGACGACGAGGAAGUGAGAAAAAGCGCCGAGUGAAGAUGGCUGACAUUGCUAGGGCUUUCGUAGAAACUAGAAUGUUUUCAAAAUCAGAUCGAGCUCUUGAAAAAGUUGGUCUUGACUUUGGCACGAACGGGAAAAAUCUUGAGCAAUCUGAAUUACAUCGCAGCUUAGAUACUGGUGAAUCUCACCUAUCCAGAUCGGUUUCCAUGAUUGCUCGUACUCCGUCAACAAACUUGGUCAAGGGGAAGAGUAUGCCGAGUUUGAGCUGUCUUCUUGAUAGCGGAUUUUACAGGUAUGUGGAGCCACAAAAGGUUGCGAAGCCCGUUCCUCAGGCCGGACCGAAAGCCGCAGUGUUCGCCAGAAAUCCCAUAAUCACAGUCACUGAACACACGCCAACUCCAAGUCCGGACUAUCUUCGUCGCCAAGGAUCCAUAGACUCUCAAUUGGAUGCACUGAGCAGCACUGGAAGCGCUUUUGGGUUUAGAAAUCAAAUGCUUCGCUCGCAUACAGACUCCCACAUCGCCUAUGCAGGUCCAGAUGAAUCUGAGGCGCCAGGUUCGUCCUUCUAUAUCACACCUGAAGGAGGGAUAGACUAUGAAAUUCUGCUGCUGGCUGUCUAUACAAUUUUCAAGAAGGAUUCCAACAUCUGCUCCUUGCGAGUCUUAGAGGCAGGACUCAAUAUAUGUGAACUCCUCCUGGAUUUGGGCAUCAUGAAGAUGGGUCAGCAUGCUCACAAGCUCUCAAUGGGGAUCCUGAAAAGAGCUCUUCUCCAUCUGGGCUGUCCUCAUGGCUGCAAUGAAGGAAUCCGAGGACCACCAGCGGAAUUCCUUCGCACGCAGUGUCACACCAUUUUGUCCCGAAUGUUGCGACAAGUUCCGGCUCAGUCGCGGAAUUACCUUCGGAACAUGGUUAGGACAACAAAAUUGCACGAACUCAUUGAGUUCUUCCACGCCUUCGUGGGAUUCUGUGUUGAUCCCAGUUCCCUCCUGUCGCCACUGAGCGGUCAGGGGGGCUACGCUACCAAUUUCGGGGGUGGAUUGAGUGGCGGAGCCGAGAGUCAGGUCAUCGCGGCCGUCUUCAAAGCCCUCGUCACGCGCUUCGUGGAGUCCUUCAAGGAGCUGAAGAGCCAAGAGAACAUGGCUCUCUACUGUGAUGUCAGACAACUCGUCACGUAUGUCAAGGGCGCCCACGGAGGGCCCUUUCGUCGUGUGGCUCUCAGCGGAAUCAUGGCUGUCACACCGCGACCGCACAAGAAAGGACCAAUCUACCAAACAACUCGCGUCAUUCGCCACAUUCCCUACACAGACACCUCAUCCUUCCAGCAGGACGAACGGGCUCAGAGGAAGCUUCUUUUCAAGAAACGCAGCACCUCCUCAACUUGCGCGAAUUUUCAGAGCCUCUUGGAAACAUCAGAAACUUUCGAGGAACCCUUCCGGCACAGCCAAAGCCCACUGAGUAAUCUGCGACGGAAAACUGCAAGUGUUCGACCCACGCUGACGCCACGCCAUAGCGAAAGAGCCCUUCUCUCUGAUUCCACUUCGAGCUCCGAGCGGAAUUCCGGGGGGAAACUUGGUGGAAUUGUGAGAUGGUUCCGAGGCUCCAAAGAUCGUUGCUCGAUUGAUCUGGAAACUGGAGCUAUUGCCCCAGAUUUGGCAGCCUCUUUUGCUCGCCAGGGCUCUUUUAAUCUCAAAUCGAGGAGAUCUGGUGAUGGGCUGGGAAGAUCUCUGCAGCGAGCCAGACGAAGGGUGGAGAGACGCCUUGGCCGCUUCGGCAUUGGGAAGGGCAAGAAGAAGAUUGGAGGAACUGAGGAAGUAACAGGAAGUUAUCUGAGCCGACGCAGCUCUUAUGAGUUUGGAGAGGGUCCGCGAGAGUCCGAAGUUGUGGUUUUGAAGGAGAGACGACUUGUGCCAAUCUUUCCCGUGCGAGAAGGGAUGUGCAGGUUCUCAUUCCUUCUGGAAACGUGCGCACCAGGAUCCGUCCCAGAUGCACAGCUUGUGGCCGCUGUUCUUGAUUUGCCUCAAGCUCCGCUGGUCACUCGGGCUGCCUUCCUGCUGGAAUGCGCCCACUUCGUCCACCUGUGCAACCGCGGACAGUGGCCGAGCUGGAUGAAACAGAAUGUCACGCCAUUUCGACCUUCAGGGCCGGCGCUUGGCAGUCGAACUGCCCUGGCGUCCAGCACGAGGAGGAUUCAUGUGCUUCAGCGGGCAGCUGGGAAGAUGUUCUACCAGUGGGCAGAAGUCUUGGGCGCCCGUCUUGAAGAGAUGCUGAAGACCGAGAAGCUGACCUUCGAUCAAGUGACGACGUCCAUGUGCGACUCGGAGAAACAACGUCAGCUUCUGUUGCAGGAUGAGGAAGAGGACUUCCUGGAUGAAGCAUGCGUCAAUCCUCAUGGCAACGAUUGUCCUCCGGCUCUAAAGUUGGUCGCUUGCGUGUUGCUGAAUGAAAUCACGGCCUUCCUGCGGGAGACUUAUCAAACACUGCCGAAGACCUCGAAGCUGUCCACAAAGGAAAAGCCCGCUCCGUGGGAGAAAGUUUACAGAGAGGCCAAUCGGCGCUGGUCCAUGGCGCUCAGCUCCAUGGGUCACAGCCAAACCUCUGCCCAGAGUCUCCAGUCAAUUGCGGGUGGCGAUGGUGGACAGACUGAGAGGAAGAUCUCAUUUGUACUCCACGAGCCAGACAAUGAGUCCGAGGGCAGCAGCAAUACAACAGUGACUCUUCAGGGUGAGGAGACCACCAUUCAACCCCAGCGAAGACCAGUGGCUGCUGUCAGGCCCUUCCUCUUGCGCCGCGGAACCGCCGGAGCGCCGACUGGAGGAUCAUUCAAGAGACGCUCCCUCAAAUUGAGGCGCGGCACGAAAGAUGGCAAAGAUAUUGAAUCUGAUUAUCCAGUCAAGAGAACCGACUCUAUUCAGUCCCGACGGAAGGUGUCUUCCCUCUCCGAUCGGAGUGACACUUCCGAGCAGGGAGUUGCGAGCGGCGGAGAGGAGUCUCCGGGCAUUCUGAGCGAUGAUCAGCCUCCAGAAUCGCCCAGUGACUCAAAUGACACUGACGAGACCGGCAAAACGAUGCCCUGGAUGAAGGGAGCCCUGGAAUUGGUGAACUCAUUCAACUUUUAUUGCUCGCACCAGAGUUUCUGCCACCCAUUCUGUUAUCGUCGCCACAUGCGAGCGGCAUCGCGGCUCGUGAAGGCCGUGCGGAAGAUCUAUGGCGAGGAAUUUGGUCUGGUGCUCGGAAUGGAGGGCGGAUUGUCUGAUGGUGGGCGUUUGGGUGGCCGCAGAGAGCGUCGCCAUGGCAGAAAGGUUUCAGACUUGAGCUCUUCCCAAACUUCACCAUCGCGACGCAAAGACAGCAUUCCCAGGAAGGACAAAAUUCUCCAUGAAGACAUUGAAGCAGCCGCUGCUCAAGCCACUCCAAAGCCCGAAGAGACAGCUAAGCGUCGAGAGACUUCACUGAUGCUGAAGUAUCUGAAGAACCACAUUCGCGAGAUGUUCCACAUUCCAAUCGCUACUCUUAUCAAAGGCGCCGCCAUCCUGACUGAGGAGCAAUUCAUCGAGGCCAUUCCGGCAGCUUGGGAGCUUCUGCUGGAGCCCAACCAAGAGACUGCAGCUACUUCUGCGGCUUUCUUCAUUCUGGGAGCCGUGAAGGCGCCAAACUUUGUCUCGGACAUCAUGCAAAAGGCACUGAAGAACAAAGAUCCUGACAUCAGAAUUGGGGCUAUCCUGCGAUAUCAGGUGUUGUGGAAAUGCCGCUUCCAAGUGUGGCCCAGAAUGGAGGAGGGCGCUCAUAUGUCCUUCAAAGUUCCUCCGCCAGGAAUAGAAUUCACUCUGCCAUCGCCCAAGAUAGGGAUUGAGAGUCUGCCUGUCGUGGAUCCUCCGUGGAGUCCUCGACAGCAAACCAAGGACAUGGAAGUGACUCUCAAUCAGGAGCGUCACAGGUCUCUUGUCACAGCCACAAAGACUCGUAAGAAGCAGCAAACGGAGGCAAUUAGAUAUGCUCUGCAACAGCAGGAGGAUAAGCAGAGGGCAGAGAGGCAAAGCUUCAUGAUGACCACAAUUCCCAUCACUCAGCAAGCCGCCCAUGAGCCGGGAUUGGAUCAUGGACCAGGAGAGGAUCACAUGGAAGAGGAGGAAGGCGAUGUGGGUCGAGCAGCUCCUCAUCUUCAUGCAGCUCAUUCGCUCUUUCCCUCAGUCCUUUGCUCGUCCGUUAUGCAAAUUGUGGACUGUCUCGAUGAUGCAGCCGUGAGCUCUGAUGGAUGUGCCGUGUACGAAAUUGCCUAUCAAGUGAUUUGGGUUUGUUUGGUGGAAGAUUCCGCUCUCUUUCUUCGCUACGUCCUUGAGAGACUCACUCGUGACCGCCAGGAUCAGAUGUUCAAACUUCUACGGCAUCUGAUUCGAUUUGUUCCGCGACUUCCCCAACAAGCGGCCUUUGCGCUCUAUAACUACAUCAUCGGCUAUGUCAUGUUCUACGUGCGCUCGUCCCACGAGUACAGUCAACAGCUGGUCGGCUCUGCGCUCUCCAUUCUCUGGAUGGUCGUUCACAGCGUUCAUGGGAUUAUGUUUAAGGAUUUGAAGCAAAUUCUGAGAAAGGAACAGUGCGAUGCAUCAAUUUUACUCACGGCCAAUGUUCCAUCAGCCAAGAAGAUUGUCGUCCACGGACCUGAAGACAGGGAUGAAGGAGGAAUUCCCUCACAGUUUCCCGUUCAGGAAGAUACACAAUUUUGUCAACUUCUUCGCGAAUCUUUGGACUUCUUUGGCAUCGAGGAGAAAAAUCAUUCUUACCAUUUCCUAAUUGAUUACAGAUCACAUCAAAUACUUAAUCCAAAUUGGUAUGUUCGCGAUUUGUAUUUCUUCAAGAGAUCUCAAUAUCCACAACUGAGGCUUGUUGAAAUGAAGCCCGAAGAGGCAUUUUAUGCUCUACAGAAGCAGGAACUUAUGAGGAAAUUUGUGGAGAUUGGAAAAGUUCACUUAACUUGGGCGAUUCUUAAAAAUGUGGAUAUGGUUGUGCAGCGAGUUGUUUUCCUGCACGAGGAGCUCAUGAAACUGCCCUCCUUCCCUCGAAAGGCUCUGGAGGUUGAUCUGGAUUUGCACCAAGGCGGAGAACUGGGGAAAGAGCUUCUUGGUCUGGAUGUGUUGCACAAAUUUAUGUGGGUUCGUCUAAUUGCACGGAUGUUCGAGGCUAUGGCAGGGAAUUUUGCCUACUCAGCCGACAUUCAGCUCUUCCUCAACGUUUUAUCUGGAGCGGCAAUUCUCCACUCUGAGGAUUCAUGCAUCAUGCGCUAUGUCACAGCCACAUUCAUCAAUGCAGCCUUCAAUUUCAAGAACAUCUUCUCCACAAAUGGGUAUUUUAUGAUCAUGCCCACCCUUCUGCAAGUCUAUUCACUGCACCAGACAAACAAGCUGGUCACCACGACCAUUGAGUAUGCCGUGAAGCAGUUUUACCUCCUCAAUCGGAAGCCUUUCAUCCUGCAGAUGUUUGGAUCGGUUUCGGCGAUUCUGGAUACGGAUGAGGACGGAAUGUAUGGAGAGGCGCACAAAGUGCAGUCGAGUUGUCUUUUCAAUUUGCUGCUGAGUCUGGAGACUCCCUCGCCAGAUCCGCUGAACAUCGCUGAGCUGGUGAAGGAGCCGAAGCCACUGAAGGCGAUUGAUUUCUGCUAUCACGACGAGGAUGAAAUGGUGACGGUGCUGGAUUGCAUAACUUUGUGCGUAAUGGUGGUGUCUUACUCAGCCGAGAGCACUCGAGGUUAUCAGAUGCUAAUCAUCCUGGAGGCCAUUCUGCCGUGCUACAUGCAACAAAUUCAAUCACCCAGCUAUGUUCCCCUUGAGGGAAAGUCCGAGAGAGAUAUCAUUCUACAAUUAGCCAUUGCCAUUCGAACCAUGGUGCACAAUUGCGAGGGAUUGUCCAAGAGUUACAACGGUCCUUUUCGCAACAGUCCUGAGCAUAAGGGCUCCAGCCAGAGGAACUGCAGUCGCGGACCUCCGUGCUCUCCUGGUCUGGACUUUGAAGAUGAGUCGCACUCCAAGUACGUCAGUGAUGUGGGCAGGAUGAAGAUUAUGGACACUGCGGAGGACUCUGAGCUCGUUCGGGCUGAAUAUCGCCGGCCGAGAGAUGUUCUUCUGUCAGUUGUUGGGGAGUUCAUCAGCCGAGCCACGACUCGUCUGCAGGAGCUCUCGAAGAAGCAGGGCGGAGACUCUAAACCAGUGGAGUUGUUGGAUGUGAAGUGUCACGUUCGAUUGGCGGAUAUUGCGCACUCUUUACUCAAAGUGUCGCCUUACGACCCAGAAUCCAUGGCCUGCCGAGGUCUGCAAAGGUACAUGCAGUGCGUUCUGCCCAGAGCCGAAUGGGCAGACGAUGCCAUGCGUCCAGCUCUGGUGACGAUUCUGCGGCGUCUUGAUAAGGUGUUCAUGAAGAUCUCGAAGAAGCCAUCAAUUCGUCGCAAUACCGACUGGGAAGCUGCAUCGGGACUGCUAAAGGGAAUCCACGAAACAGUCCAACGAUAUCCUUAUGUCCUUCACUGGCAGCACGUGAAGGUUCUCUUGAAUACCAUUCAGAAUCUCAUUGUCCAUGAGCCCGGUCAGUCUCCCGAGGGAGUCUCAAGUGCAGGAGCAGCUGUAAUGUCUCAGAACCCACCACCAUUCUUCAGCUCCACCGCCGUGCGUCUCAUCACGCUGCAAGUCGUGAGUCCAGUUGACUGUUUCACGCUGGAGCACAUCUGUGGCGGAUCGGCAGAGUUUCCGACGCAGGAGAAGGCUGAAGGACAUCUCAUCCAUCUGAUAAUGCCGCUGUGUCUGAAGGCUUGCAGCGGCAGAGAUCUCGGGGAGUUGAAACAGCACGAUAUCUCUUUCCUGGUCACGGCCAUCCUUAACGCAAUGAGUCCACCAGCUGGAAGAACUGCUCAGGCCACUACUCAGGGCAACAGAGUUGUUGGAGACCUCAGAGCUGGAUCUCUCACUUUCACUGGAAGUCGCGAAGCCAAACGGCCCGCCAGGAUCUCAGGAUCUCUGUAUCAAGCCGCCUUCCUGGCACUUCGCAUCCUCUGCAUUUGCUUCGAGCAACGCCUCGCCAACGAAUGGCCUCGCAUUGUACGCGUGAUGAGAGAUCUGGGCAGGCGAAACGAGGCUGCCCCGGAACUCUGGAGUUUCCUGGAGUUCGUCGUUAACCACCGCACUCCGCUGUACAUCGUCUUGAUGCCCUUCAUACUCCACAAAAUCUCCCAACCGCCGAUCGGUGAUCACGAGCGCCACAUGCAGUUCCUCAUUCGAGAGAGGAUGCGAGGAAUGCUUCCGCCAGGCGGCAUAAAGUCUCGUGGAGCUGUGCUGCUGGAACUGGCGAGGGAGUUGAAAGAUCUGAGGGAAGAACUGGAGGAGCGCCGCUACGGAAGUGAUCGGGACAUUCCGGAACCCAGUCGUCGAGAUGUGGUGCCCUCAACUCUUCCGCCUGUGGCUGAGGUUCCCAAACACGCACAACGUCCAUCCUUGAUCUCACUUCUCACUGGCGCUGGACCGCACAUCGCCUCUCAGAUGGCCACUCACCACGAGAGAGUAAUCACUCCCAGUGACUCCCUGUCGCAGCACACCCUUCAUCCGCCCAGGGAGUCCCUCUCGAGCAGCUCCACUACAAAUCGCGAGCCCGGCGUCAGCGACAGUCACAGUGGCGAGGGCACCACUCCGACUCCCAGUCUGGCGGCCACAGCCGGAGGAUCUUCGACGGUGAUCGCCGGCUCCACGAGCUCCGUUCCGCACUUGACGCACUCCAUGUCGCUGCAGCAAUCCAUGAAGGCACAGCAAGUGCCGCGGUUGCGCUUUGUGUCCUCCGUGGAGUUCAGACACUCCUCAGGAGAGACCUCAACAACCCCUCUGUCGCCUGGCAGUCCAGCUGAGGAUAGCUCUGGCGAAAUUCAGCGUCACCGCCUGCAGCGAUCGAAGGCCCAGAGCCGCAAGACUUUCAGGAUCAAGCGAGGUCGUCAGAAUCAGGCUGGAGACACGGUUAGCCUUGCUCCGGAGCCCGUUGAGUUGCCGCCACCGAAGCCAGUGGCAGAUUUGUCCUGGGAUUCCGUGUCUCAGACCUCGUCCACUUCCGGCUACAGGGACAAUUGCAGCCUGCAGACGGGAUUCCUGUCGCCGGACGGUUCUCUGGCCAGCGCGCCGCCCAUCGGAAGGUCGUCGUCUCAGCACUCGCUGUUGAUGCUCUUUGAGGCUCAGGAUGAGGACACACUGAUUUAAAGGGAAGAUAUGUUAACAUUUGAGAUUUAGAUUUAGGAAUAUAGAUAAAUUUGUAGAAAGAAUGGAGCCAGAAAAUCUGGGAUUUGAGGAUGUUAGGUGACGAAAACAUGGAGAAACCCACUAAGAAAUGCUUCACGAGACCAUCAUGGAAUUGAAAAUCAGUCUAGAUUAUUCACGGUCUAACAUCAAUUGUUAAACUUCCGCCUAAACAUCUCAAAUCCCAACUAAUCUGAAAAUGAAAGGAAUUUUUCGAGAAGGUAGAACACUGUUUGAUGUUAAUCGUAAGAAUUUAUCAAUGUUAAUUAAUACGUGGCCAAAUUUAUAACCAUAAUACAACUUGUUAUUGUUAAUUGUGUAGGGAAUAGUAAGUGUUACAGUUUUAUAAAAGUGUUUUAAGUUUUCUAGUAAUUUACAGAUUGUUCAGAAUCAAACCUGUUCUCACACCAUUAAGACACACUUAAUAUAUAUUGUUGCCAAAGUUCCAUUUUAAUCCGACCCACAGAAUAUUCAAGGCACUUUGCCAAGUUACUUCCUUCCGAUUAGGUAGAAUAGAACAUUGAGGUAUUUUUGGAAGGAUUCUUUUGAGAAAAUACACGAAUCCAUGGAUGUUGUUGUUGCCAAUUCAAGAAUUGCAGGAAGGUCAGAAAAUAAGGAAACUCACCAUAAUUGUUGACGAACUAAUUAGUAAAUGUUAUCAAUGUUGUACACGAUAUAAUAGUCUGAUCCAUAUGUGAUAGUUUGUUGUUAGCUUAUUUC